AGAGUUUUCACUUCGGCUACGUGGAAGUAGCUUUUCAUAUGACCGAGGCUGAGAGCAUCUUCUGCCCUCAUCCGUCAGUUUCAUUCCGAAAUCAUGAUUAAAAAGUUUGACAAGAAGGACGAGGAGUCUGGAAGUGGGUCGAACCCUUUCCAACACCUGGAGAAGAGUGCCGUGUUGCAAGAGGCACGAAUUUUCAAUGAGACACCUAUCAACCCAAGGAGAUGCCUCCACAUUCUCACCAAGAUUAUCUACCUCCUCAAUCAGGGAGAGCAUUUUGGGACCACAGAGGCUACCGAGGCCUUCUUUGCCAUGACAAGGCUCUUUCAGUCCAAUGAUCAAACCCUGAGGAGGAUGUGCUACCUUACCAUCAAAGAGAUGGCCAACAUCUCUGAGGAUGUCAUCAUUGUCACCAGCAGCCUGACCAAGGACAUGACAGGGAAGGAAGAUGUGUACCGAGGACCUGCCAUCAGAGCCCUCUGCAGGAUUACAGAUACCACCAUGCUGCAGGCCAUUGAGAGGUACAUGAAGCAGGCUAUUGUUGACAAAGUGCCCAGUGUGUCCAGUUCUGCCCUGGUCUCCUCAUUGCACAUGGUGAAGAUGAGCUAUGAUGUGGUGAAGCGCUGGGUGAAUGAAGCCCAGGAAGCUGCUUCCAGUGACAAUAUCAUGGUCCAGUACCAUGCCCUGGGCCUGUUGUAUCACCUCAGGAAGAACGACCGUCUUGCUGUCACCAAGAUGCUUAACAAGUUCACCAAGUCUGGUCUCAAGUCUCCUUUCGCCUAUUGCAUGCUCAUCCGGAUUGCCAGCAAACUGCUGGAUGAGACAGAGGGCGGUCACGACAGCCCCUUGUUUGACUUCAUUGAGAGCUGCCUGAGGAACAAGAAUGAGAUGGUGGUGUAUGAGGCUGCUUCUGCCAUUGUCCAUAUGCCCAACUGUACUGCCAGAGAGCUGGCCCCUGCUGUGUCAGUGCUACAGCUCUUCUGCAGUUCUCCUAAAGCUGCCUUGCGAUACGCUGCAGUCAGGACCCUCAACAAGGUGGCGAUGAAGCAUCCUUCAGCCGUCACAGCCUGCAAUCUGGACCUGGAGAACCUGAUCACUGACUCGAACCGUAGCAUUGCCACACUGGCCAUCACCACUCUGCUCAAGACCGGCAGUGAGAGCAGCGUGGACCGACUCAUGAAGCAGAUCUCCUCAUUUGUUUCUGAGAUCUCAGACGAGUUCAAGGUGGUGGUGGUGCAGGCCAUCAGCGCUCUGUGUCAGAAGUAUCCCAGGAAGCACAGCGUCAUGAUGAACUUCUUGUCUAACAUGCUCAGAGAUGAUGGCGGUUUUGAGUACAAGCGGGCCAUUGUGGAUUGUAUCAUCAGCAUCAUUGAGGAGAACCCAGAGAGCAAAGAGACGGGCUUGGCCCACCUGUGCGAGUUCAUCGAGGACUGCGAGCACACGGUGUUGGCCACCAAGAUCCUGCACCUCCUAGGCAAAGAGGGUCCACGCACACCGCAGCCCUCCAAAUACAUCCGCUUCAUCUUCAACCGCGUGGUGCUGGAGAGCGAGGCUGUUCGUGCAGCUGCGGUCAGUGCUUUGGCUAAAUUUGGAGCUCAGAAUGAUGAUCUGCUGCCAAGUGUCCUGGUUCUCAUGCAGAGGUGCAUGAUGGACAGUGAUGAUGAGGUGCGUGACAGAGCUACUUUCUACAUGAAUGUGCUCCAGCAGAAGCAGAAGGCUCUGAAUGCAGCCUACAUCUUCAACGGUCUGUCUGUCUCUAUCCCCGGCCUGGAGAAGUCCCUCCACCAGUAUACCCUGGAGCCCUCGGAGAAACCUUUCGACAUGAAGUCUGUCCCUCUGGCCACCACUCCCAUCACAGAACAGAAGACGGAAAUUGCCCCUGUUGCUACCAGCAAACUGCCAGAAAAGUUGGCCCCCUCACGCCAGGACAUUUAUCAGGAACAACUGGCAUCCAUCCCAGAGUUCCAGGGUCUCGGCCCGCUCUUCAAAUCUUCAGAGCCUGUGCAGCUGACGGAGGCUGAGACAGAAUAUGUGGUGCGCUGCGUCAAACACACCUUCGCCAGGCACAUGGUGUUCCAGUUCGACUGCACAAACACUCUGAAUGACCAGCUCUUGCAGAAGGUCAUAGUGCAGAUGGAACCAUCUGAGUCGUACGAGGUGAUACACUACAUCCCCGCUGCCAGCCUCCCCUACAGUCAGCCCGGUUCCUGCUACACUCUGGUCCGGCUGCCUGAUGACGACCCCACUGCUGUGUCUUGUACAUUCAGCUGCACUAUGAAGUACCUUGUCAGGGACUGCGACCCCAACACAGGAGAGCCUGACGAUGACGGUUAUGACGAUGAAUAUGUGCUGGAGGAUCUGGAGGUGACAGUCGCAGACCACAUCCAGAAGGUUUUGAAACCAAACUUUGGAGCAGCGUGGGAAGAAGUGGGAGAUGAAUUUGAGAAGGAAGAAACCUUUGCACUCGCGUCUGUACGGACUCUAGACGAGGCGGUGGGUAACAUCAUCAGCUUCCUGGGAAUGCAGCCAUGUGAGCGCUCAGACAAAGUUCCAGAAAACAAGAACUCGCACGUCCUCUUCCUCGCUGGUGUGUUUCGUGGGGGUCACGACGUGCUGGUUCGUGCCCGCCUGGCGCUGGCCGAUGGCGUCACCAUGCAGGUGACGGUUCGCAGCGGAGAGGAGAACGUUGUUGAUGUCAUCCUGGCCUCUGUGGGUUAACGUGCUCACAGUGCAACUCUGUGCUAAACGCAACAGCGAGACAUGUUAUCUCUGCACGACAAACUGUCUGAAAUGUCACUUUCACAGCUCUAAAAUUACAUGUGUAAUGCUUUUGUAAUUGUUACGCUGACACCAUCCAACUUGAAAAACAACAAAUGGUUUUAUUAUUUCUAGCAUAUAAACUGAAGUGUUUUCUUUAUACUGUCUUCUGGUCCUCACCCUUCGCAGUAAGAAUUUUCUUCUGUCAAAUCUACAAUAAAGUCCUGACUGUCAAAACACA